UGUUUAACAAGGAAUUGUCACUGAAUCGAACGCAAGGUUUUAUUUGUUUUUACUCCUGCAAGUUAUUGCAUCAUUCUUUGAUUCAAUGUAGAAUUCAUUUUGCAAAGAUAACAGUGCAAAUUACAAGUAUAUUCUUGUAGAACGCAAAGUUUUUAUUAAAAUCUAGAUAAAAAAUAAUAUUCUUCUUAAUAAGUUCAUCUUAAAAAAGGUUAAAUUCCACGAAGAAUCUGAAUCAUCAGUAAUUACGCUUUCUGUCAAAAGCUACGCAUUGCUGAUAGACUUAAAGCGUCAUUAUUUGAUUGGACUUAUUGCAUCAAGUGUACCAAUAAAAAGUUUCUUUGUCAACACCAGUAUUUGUAAUAAAAAAAACGAAAGCAGAUGGCUCCAAAAAAUAAAGAGAAUCCUUCGAAUAGAAAAAAAAGGUCUUCUGAGGAUGAUGAUGAUGUUGAUUACCGUCGAAGACGAGACAGAAAUAACCAGGCAGUAAAACGCUCCAGAGUUAAAAGCAAGUUACGAACUCAACAAACUCUAGAACGUGUCAAUCAGCUCAAGACAGAAAAUGAGUUACUAGAAGAAAAGAUUAAGAUGCUGACGAAGGAGUUGGGAUUUUUGAAGGAUUUAUUUUUAGCACAUGCUGGUUCUAAUCAACACACCUCAUUCAAUCUCCAAGACAUUGAUUUGAAUGCACUUUUGGCAAAUGACUCGGAUGAGACGAAUCAUCCAAAGAGUUCGAAGGUUGAGACGUAAAGGAUGUAUUGUAAAAAAUUAAUGAAACAGCUUGAAAAUAAUUGAAUUUUCUCAUGUCUCAUCAUGUGACUUAAAUGACUCUACUUUAUGUGAGAAAUUGUGCAUCUUGAAACGAUGCCAAUUUCGGUGAUGAGCUUGGCACUGCGUGUAUGAUUAGUUUUUUUGUA